CUCAUGCAUUGACACAUCACACCUUAUCACGAUAUCGAUCACCUUCAUCACAAAUGGAGCUUCUUUCCUUCCUCUUCCUCUCCCUUCUCUUCUUCCUCUAUCUCUACAUCCAGUUCCUCGCUAGAAAAAAACCCCGCAACAACAAAGCCUUCAAAGACUACCCUCUCAUCGGAACCCUACCGGAGUUCCUCAAAAACCGCCACCGUUUCCUCGAGUGGACCACCCAAGUCCUCCGCGACUCCCCCACCAACACCGGCGUCUUCUCUCGCCCCUACAAACUCCACGGCAUCUUAACGGCCAACCCUGACAACGUGGAACACGUGCUCAAAACCAAAUUCGACAACUACCCCAAGGGAGAACGCUUCAUCCACCUCCUCCAAGAUUUUUUGGGUAACGGAAUCUUCAACUCCGACGGCGACCUCUGGAAGGUGCAGCGUAAAACAGCCAGCUACGAGUUCAGCACCAAAUCGCUCCGAAACUUCGUCGUCGACGCCGUCACCUUCGAACUCCAAACGAGGCUUCUUCCAAUUCUCUCCAAAGCCUCUGAAACAAACAAGGUUCUCGAUUUGCAGGACUUGUUGGAGCGCUUCGCCUUCGAUAACGUGUGCAAGCUAGCGUUCAAUGUGGACCCCGCUUGUCUCGGCGGCGACGGCACAGCUGGCGGCGAGUUCAUGCGCGCCUUCGAGGACGCCGCGGUUCUGAGCUCAGGGAGGUUCAUGAGCAUUUUACCGGUUGUGUGGAAAAUAAAGAAGCUGUUCAACUUUGGAUCAGAACGGAGGCUCAGAGAAUCAAUCACCACCGUUCACCAAUUUGCUGAUUCAAUCAUACGGUCCAGAUUGGAAUCCAAGGACCAAAUCGGAGAUGAAGAUUUACUAUCACGUUUCAUCAGAACAGAGAAUACCUCACCGGAGUUUCUGCGCGACGUUGUGAUAAGUUUUAUUCUGGCGGGGCGUGAUACGACGUCGUCUGCUCUGAGCUGGUUUUUCUGGAUUCUGUCCUCCAGACCCGACGUGCAAAGAAAAAUUCGGGACGAAAUCGAAACGGUUAGAUCGGAAAAAUCAAAGGGCGCGUUUGGAUACGAGGAGGUGAAGGAGAUGCGCUACCUGCAAGCGGCGAUUUCGGAGACGAUGAGGUUGUACCCGCCAGUGCCGGUUGACACGAUGGAGUGCCUAAACGACGACGUAUUGCCGGACGGAACUAGGGUUGGGAAGGGGUGGUUCGUGACGUACCACACGUACGCGAUGGGGAGGAUGGAGAGCGUGUGGGGGAAGGACUGUACCGAAUUUAAGCCCGAAAGGUGGUUGGAGAAUCGAGCCGAGAGUCCGUUUCGGUAUCCGGUGUUUCACGCGGGUCCACGAAUGUGUCUGGGGAAGGAAAUGGCUUAUAUUCAGAUGAAGUCAAUUGCAGCUUCGUUAUUGGAGAGGUUUGAGAUUGAGGCUUUGGAUAAGGACACGUGUCCGGAGCAUGUUUUGUCUUUGACGAUGAGGAUCAAAGGAGGGUUGCCUGUGAGUGUAAGAGUAAGGAAUGAAUGAAUGCUAGGGUCAGGAAUAUUCUCUCCACAUGUACCUGUCUUCCACCACUCUGCAAAAUAAUUGUAAUUUCUGCUGUUUUAAUGAAAUCAUUAGUUAGAAUAUAUAACAUGAUCAACGGGUUCUAAUUAA